AUGGCAUCAACACAAUCUUAUAGCCUUCGUGCUGCUCCUGUUCAAAGUGUUCAGGAGCUCAUCAAAGAGCCCAUCCCUGCAGUCCCACAGCCAUUUAUCCUGGAUGAUCCGCAGCCUCCAAUUCUCUCAGCCAGCAGUACUCCCCUGCCACUACUCCCCACCAUUGACAUGAAACAUUUAAUUAUGAGUGAAACCGCAGGUUCUGAGCUGGAGAAGUUGCACUCAACUUGCAAAGAAUGGGGUUUCUUUCAGUUGGUGAACCAUGGAGUCAGCUCUUCACUUGUGGAGAAACUGAAAUCGGAGAUCGGAGAAUUUUACAAACUUCCCUUGGAAGAGAGAAUGAAAUACAAGAUGAGGCCCGGUGAUGUUGAAGGGUACGGGCAUCUUCCAAUCCGGUCAGAAGAUCAAAAACAUGACUGGGGUGAUAGGUUUUAUAUGAUAACCAACCCUAUACAUACAAGGAAGCCGUAUCUAUUACCAGAACUCCCUUCAUCACUAAGGGAUAGCUUGGAAUGUUACUUAGCGGAGCUGCAGAAACUAGCGAUGAUGCUUCUAGGGUUUAUGGCCAAAGCUCUACAGUUGGAGAAAGGAGAGAUGGAAGAGUUGUUUGAGGAUGGGAUGCAAUCAGUGAGGAUGACUUACUAUCCUCCAUGCCCACAGCCAGAGCUGGUUAUGGGGCUUACGCCUCACUCUGAUGCAACCGGCAUCACCAUCCUUCUCCAAAUUAAUGGAGUGGAUGGUCUCCAAAUUAAAAAGGAUGGGGUUUGGAUUCCUGUGAGCUUCCUUCCAGAUGCUCUUGUUGUGAAUGUAGGUGACGUUCUCGAGAUUCUGAGCAACGGGGUAUACACUAGCAUAGAGCACCGGGCAACAGUAAAUGCAGCAAAAGAGAGGAUCUCCAUUGCCAUGUUCUUCAAUCCCAGGGAUAGCUUGGAAUGUUACUUAGCGGAGCUGCAGAAACUAGCGAUGAUGCUUCUAGGGUUUAUGGCCAAAGCUCUAAAAUUGGAGAAAGGAGAGAUGGAAGAGUUGUUUGAGGAUGGGAUGCAAUCAGUGAGGAUCACUUACUAUCCUCCAUGCCCACAACCAGAGCUGGUUAUGGGGCUUACGCCUCACUCUGAUGCAACCGGCAUCACCAUCCUUCUUCAAAUUAAUGGAGUGGAUGGUCUCCAAAUUAAAAAGGAUGGGGUUUGGAUUCCUGUGAGCUUCCUUCCAGAUGCUCUUGUUGUGAAUGUAGGAGACGUUCUCGAGAUUCUGAGCAACGGGGUAUACACUAGCAUAGAGCACCGGGCAACAGUAAAUGCAGCAAAAGAGAGGAUCUCCAUUGCCAUGUUCUUCAAUCCCAAAUUCUCACUGCACUCAACUUGCAAAGAGUGGGGUUUCUUUCAGUUGGUGAACCAUGGAGUCAGCUCUUCACUUGUGGAGAAACUGAAAUCUGAGAUCGGAGAAUUUUACAAACUUCCCUGGGAAGAGAGAAUAAAAUACAAGAUGAGGCCCAGGGAUUUUGAAGGGUAUGGGCUUUCCCCGAUCCGGUCAGAAGAUCAAAAACUUGACUGGGGUGAUAGGUUUUAUAUGACAACCAACCCUAUACAUACAAGGAAGCCGUAUCUAUUACCAGAGCUCCCUCCAUCGCUAAGGGAUAGCUUGGAAUGCUACUUAGCGGAGUUGCAGAAACUGGCGAUGAUGCUUCUAGGGUUUAUGGCCAAAGCUCUAAAGUUGGAGAAAGGAGAGAUGGAAGAGUUGUUUGAGGAUGGGAUGCAAUCAGUGAGGAUGACUUACUAUCCUCCAUGCCCACAACCAGAGCUGGUUAUGGGGCUUACGCCUCACUCUGAUGCUACCGGCAUCACCAUCCUUCUCCAGAUUAAUGGAGUGGAUGGUCUCCAAAUUAAAAAGGAUGGGGUUUGGAUUCCUGUGAGCUUCCUUCCAGGUGCACUUGUUGUGAAUAUAGGAGACAUUCUCGAGAUUCUGAGCAACGGGGUAUACACUAGCAUAGAGCACCGGGCAACAGUAAAUGCAGCAAAAGAGAGGAUCUCCAUUGCCAUGUUCUUCAACCCCAAAUCCUCAGCUCAGAUUAAACCUGCAACCAGUCUGAUAAAUCCUCACAAUCCGUCAUUGUUCAAACAAGGAUACAUGACUGUUACUUAUCGUAGUUGCAGGAACUUUGCGUUGACGCUUGUAGGGUUUAUGGUCAAAGCUCUAAAUUUGGACAAGAGACGGAUGGAAGGGUUGUUGAUUUGA